GAGGGUCUGGAGAACAUGGCGUUUAUUGCCAUAGCAGUCAGCCUGGUGACUUACUUCUAUGGUUACAUGAACUACAGCUUGACCAAAUCAUCCACCAUGCUCACCAACUUCAUGGGAACCUCAUUUUUGUUGGCACUCCUUGGUGGAUUCAUCAGUGACACAUAUUUAACCAGAUUUAGAACAUGCCUCCUAUUCCUCUCCUUUGAGUUGGUGGGAUAUAUCCUCUUACUGGUCCAAGCCCAUAGACAGGAACUAAGACCUCCAACAUGCCUAGACAUUGCUCACCAAUGCGUGGGUGCAUCCAAAGGCGAAGAGACGAUCCUAUACGCAGGACUCUACCUUGUUGCCCUGGGGAAUGGAGGAGUCAAAGCUGCUCUCCCAGCCUUGGGAGCUGACCAGUUUGACGAGAGGGACCCAAAGGAGGCGACUCGACUGUCUAGCUUCUUCAACUGGUUCUUGUUCAGCCUCACCAUUGGAGCAAUCAUCGGCGUCACAGUCGUCGUUUGGAUAAGCACCAACAAGGGCUGGGACUGGGGCUUCGGCGUUUGCCUCAUCGCCGUUUUCUUUGCCUUGCUUUUGGUUUGCAUGGGCAACUCUUGGUAUCAGAAUAACGUUCCCCAAGGAAGCCCACUCCUCCGUUUUCUUAGGGUCUUCGUUGUUUCUUUCCGGAAUUGGAAACUUCCUAUACCGGAGAAUUCAGGGGAGCUAUAUGAAAUUUAUCAAGACAAAGAAGCAGGGUUACAUCAUCAUGAAAUCCUUCAAAGAACGAACCAGUUCAAGUUAUUGGACCGAGCAGCAGUGAUAAGAACAGAUGAUGUUGAUGAUGCACCAAUGACAACAACCGAUCGAAUUGGAUCAUGGAGAGUAUGCACAGUUACUGAAGUGGAAGAAACAAAGAUCUUAGUUCGCAUGCUUCCCAUUAUACUCAGCACCGUCUUCAUGAAUACAUGCUUAGCGCAACUCCAAACAUUCACCGUCCAACAGGGUGUUACAAUGGACCCAUACUUCAUCGGCUUCAAAGUUCCCGCUGCCUCGAUUCCUGUUAUCCCUCUCAUCUUUAUGAUCAUUUUCAUCCCUAUUUACGACAGAAUCUUUGUCCCAAUCAUUCGAAGAUUCACUGGAAUUCCCACCGGCAUCCGCCACCUCCAACGCAUAGGGAUAGGCCUAGUCCUCUCCGCUAUUUCCAUGACAGUCGCGGGAUUUGUAGAAAAGAAGCGCAAGAAUGUUGCUAUUGAACACGGCAUGGUCAACAGCCUCACUCCCUUACCGAUGAGCUUGCUCUGGCUUGGAUACCAGUAUGCUAUAUUUGGAUUAGCAGACAUGUUCACGUUGGUGGGGUUGCUGGAAUUCUUCUACGCGGAGAGCUCAGCUGGAAUGAAGUCGCUGAGCACAGCCAUCUCUUGGUGUUCGUUCGCGUUCGGGUACUACUUGAGCACGGUGGUGGUAGAGAUAGUCAAUAAAGUCAGCGACGGUUGGUUGGCCAGCAAUAAUCUCAACCUGGAUAAGUUGGAAAACUUCUACUGGUUGUUGGCAGUGUUGAGUGUGCUGAAUCUUGGAAUUUAUGUUUUAUGUGCAUCUUGGUACAGGUACAAAAAGGUUGAAGUGAUCAGGAAAGACGAUGUUUAUAAUGAAGUUAACGCUUGAUGUAAUGAUCCUAAUGAUGAUGCGUAAUAAGUUCGAUUGCGUAUAAUCUUCCUAGUGGUAUUCUAGGAAUGUUGUGUGGUACUUUG